GCUUCGAUUUCGAUUUGUUUGUGAGACUCGGCCAGUUGGGAUCGUUUAGGAUAAAAAAAUAUAUAAAAAAAAUUACCAUGGUUUUCCAGCUUUUGCAACGUUCCUCCCUGCGGGGUGUGCAACAGUUAAACAAAACACGCUGGAUCUGCACAUCCGUAAUGGCCUCUCAGGAUUAUCGCAUUGAAACCGAUACUUUCGGUGAAUUGAAGGUGCCCAGUAAUAAAUACUAUGGUGCUCAGACUGCUCGUUCUCAAAUUAAUUUUCCCAUUGGUGGACCUACGGAACGUAUGCCAAAACCUGUUGUUCAGGCCAUGGGUAUUUUGAAAAAGGCUGCUGCUGAAGUAAACAAGGAAUUCGGUUUGGAUCCCAAGGUUAGCGAUGCCAUUUCAAAGGCUGCUGAUGAUGUAAUCUCAGGAAAGCUUUAUGAUGAUCAUUUUCCUUUGGUCAUAUGGCAAACUGGCUCCGGCACUCAGAGUAAUAUGAAUGUCAAUGAGGUGAUUAGCAAUCGCGCUAUUGAGUUAAUGGGUGGUAAAUUGGGAUCUAAGGACCCCGUACAUCCCAACGAUCAUGUCAACAAAUCACAAAGCUCUAACGACACUUUCCCAACGGCCAUUCACAUUUCCGUUGCCUUGGAACUAAACAAAAACCUUAAACCGGCCAUAAAAAUUCUACACGAUGCUUUGAAGGCUAAAUCUCAAGAAUUCAAAGAUAUCAUUAAGAUUGGUCGCACCCAUACUAUGGAUGCUGUUCCAUUGACUUUGGGUCAAGAGUUCGGUGGCUAUGCUCAACAAAUGGCUUACGCCUUGGACCGCAUUGAUGCCUGUUUGCCACGUGUGUAUGAAUUGGCAUUGGGUGGCACAGCUGUUGGCACUGGCCUCAAUACACGCAUAGGGUUUGCCGAAAAGUGCGCUGCUAAAAUUGCCCAACUUACAGGACUACCUUUCGUUACUGCGCCCAACAAAUUUGAAGCUUUGGCCGCACGUGACGCAAUGGUGGAAGUCCAUGGAGUCUUGAACACAAUUGCUGUAAGCCUAAUGAAGAUUGCCAAUGAUAUUCGUUUCCUAGGAUCUGGACCCCGUUGUGGAUUGGGUGAGCUUAUGUUGCCCGAAAAUGAACCAGGCAGUUCAAUUAUGCCCGGCAAAGUAAAUCCCACACAGUGCGAGUCCAUGACUAUGGUUGCUGCUCAAGUUAUGGGCAAUCAAGUUGCUGUUACUAUCGGUGGUUCAAAUGGCCACUUUGAGUUGAACGUUUUUAAGCCAUUAGUGGUUUCCAAUGUGUUACGUUCUAUCCGUUUGUUAUCCGAUGGUAGCCGUACUUUCACUGCCAACUGUGUGCAAGGCAUUCAAGCCAACAGGGAUCGUAUUGAUAAGAUUAUGAACGAAUCUCUUAUGUUGGUUACCGCAUUGAACCCACACAUUGGAUACGAUAAAGCUGCCAAGAUCGCCAAGACUGCCCACAAGAACGGAACAACACUGAAGGAGGAAGCAAUCAAAUUGGGCUACUUAACCGAAGAACAAUUCGCUCAAUGGGUUAGACCUCAAGAUAUGUUGGGCCCUAAGUAAAUUAAUUUUUCAAAUGUAUUUAUUUAUGUCGACAAUAGGAUAAAAAUCUUUUUUUGCUAAAUAUAAUUUAUGCGAAAAAGUG